AUGUCAUCUAAAACCAAAAUAUUUAUUUUAUUAGUUUUUACUUUAAUAUUUUUACAAAUCCAAUCACUUUUAACAAUUUUAAAUAAAAAAUCUCCUUCUUUAUGCAAUCCAAAUAAAAAUUUAAUUUUUUCAUCCUGCAAAGACGGCCUUCCUUGGCCUAGAGAAGAUUUUACUUCAAUUUCUGUUUUAAUCACUCACGGAAUUCAUUGUAUCGAUAUAUUACAAGAAGACAAUCCAAACUUUGAAGAACACCUUCAAUUCCACAAAGAACAUUGUUUGGAGUUGAUUAAAUUAAUUUAUAAAUUCUUCGAGGAAAACAAAAAUUAUACAGUUCCAAAGGAGUUAUGUAAAUAUUUUCGACAGGCAGCCUUUCCAGGUAAGUGUUGGGAAUUUCUGAUAUCCGAUUUAGGAACAAAACGAACGGAAAGUUUUAAAGAAAAACAAAAAAAAGAGCAUAAUAAAUUUUUGAAUGAAACACGAGUCAUGAAUUCUUUAAAAUUCCGUGAAAAACUACGAACCAUAAAACGUUAG